CAGCGCCCGGACGGCCCCGCUCGCAGCCCCGGGCCCCGCUCCCGCCGCUCCCGCCGCUCCCGCCGCUCCCCGCCCGCCUCCGCCGCUCCCGCCGUUGGCUCCGGCCGCGUGAGGCCGCCCGAGCCGCCCGGCGGCGCGUUCGUUGGUGGCCGGCUGGUCCGCGCGGCCUGGUGCGCGCGGCGGAUCCCGCCGCUCGCGUAGCGCGGCGCCCGGGCUCCCUGAGGUGAGGCCCGGCCGGCUCCGGCGAGGGGGGGUGGGGAGGAGCCGCUUCUCCUCGCCGCCGCCGCCAUGAGCGUGGAGGCGUACGGCCCCAGCUCGCAGACCCUCACCUUCCUGGACACCGAGGAGGCCGAGCUGCUCGGCGCCGACACUCAGGGCUCCGAGUUCGAGUUCACCGACUUCACCCUCCCCAGCCAGACCCAAACCCCGCCCGGGCCCGGGCAGGCCGGGCCGGGACAGGGCCAAGGGCCCCCCGGAGCGGGGCAGGGCCCGCCGGGACCGCUGGAAGCCCAGGUUAAUGGGCCUGAUGGGAUCCUGCAGAAUGGAGCUGUGGAUGAUAACGUGGCUAAAACCAGCCAGCUUCUGGCAGAGUUGAAUUUUGAAGAAGAUGAAGAGGAUACCUAUUACACAAAGGAUCUUCCCGUGCAUGCUUGCAGUUACUGUGGUAUCCAUGACCCUGCCUGUGUGGUUUAUUGUAACACCAGCAAGAAGUGGUUCUGUAAUGGGCGUGGGAACACGUCUGGCAGCCACAUUGUUAAUCACCUUGUGAGAGCGAAGUGCAAAGAGGUGACUCUCCAUAAGGAUGGACCUCUAGGAGAGACUGUCUUGGAAUGUUACAACUGUGGGUGUCGUAAUGUGUUUCUCCUUGGCUUUAUUCCAGCCAAGGCAGACUCUGUGGUUGUUUUGCUGUGCAGGCAGCCAUGUGCCAGUCAGAGCAGUUUAAAGGAUAUUAAUUGGGACAGUUCACAGUGGCAGCCUCUUAUCCAAGAUCGCUGUUUCCUUUCCUGGCUGGUGAAGAUUCCUUCUGAGCAGGAACAGCUGAGAGCACGUCAGAUCACAGCUCAGCAGAUUAACAAGCUGGAAGAACUUUGGAAGGAAAAUCCAUCUGCAACCCUGGAGGACUUGGAGAAGCCUGGUGUAGAUGAAGAGCCACAGCAUGUCCUGCUUAGAUAUGAAGAUGCUUAUCAAUACCAAAAUAUAUUUGGGCCUCUAGUGAAGCUGGAGGCAGAUUAUGACAAGAAACUCAAGGAGUCUCAGACCCAAGAUAACAUCACAGUCAGAUGGGACCUGGGCUUGAACAAGAAAAGAAUUGCUUAUUUCACUCUGCCAAAGACUGAUUCAGAUAUGCGUCUUAUGCAAGGAGAUGAGAUCUGCCUGAGGUAUAAAGGAGACCUGGCCCCUUUGUGGAAAGGAAUUGGUCACGUUAUCAAAGUUCCUGAUAGUUCUGCAGAUUAUGGUGAUGAGAUUGCCAUUGAGCUGAGGAGCAGCGUUGGAGCACCUGUGGAAGUGACUCACAACUUCCAAGUGGAUUUUGUAUGGAAGUCAACUUCAUUUGACAGAAUGCAAAGUGCUUUAAAAACAUUUGCUGUGGAUGAGACCUCAGUGUCUGGCUACAUCUACCACAAACUGUUGGGUCAUGAGGUGGAAGAUGUCAUCAUCAAAUGCCAGUUGCCAAAGCGCUUCACAGCACAAGGACUUCCUGAUCUCAACCAUUCUCAGGUUUAUGCAGUGAAGACUGUCCUGCAACGUCCUCUGAGCCUUAUUCAGGGUCCCCCUGGUACUGGAAAAACAGUGACAUCAGCCACAAUUGUCUAUCACCUGGCUAGACAGGGCAAUGGGCCUGUGUUAGUCUGUGCCCCCAGUAACAUAGCUGUGGACCAGUUGACUGAGAAGAUCCAUCAGACUGGGCUGAAGGUGGUUCGUCUGUGCGCGAAAAGCCGCGAGGCGAUUGACUCCCCCGUGUCCUUCCUGGCAUUGCACAACCAGAUCAGAAACAUGGACAGCAUGCCAGAGUUGCAGAAACUGCAGCAGCUCAAGGAUGAGACAGGGGAGCUGUCAUCUGCCGAUGAGAAGCGUUACCGCGCCCUGAAGCGGACAGCGGAGCGCGAGCUGCUGAUGAACGCAGACGUGAUCUGCUGCACGUGUGUGGGAGCUGGGGAUCCCAGGCUGGCCAAGAUGCAGUUCCGCUCCAUCCUGAUCGAUGAGAGCACACAGGCUACUGAGCCAGAAUGCAUGGUGCCUGUUGUCCUGGGAGCAAAACAGCUCAUUCUCGUGGGUGACCACUGCCAGCUGGGCCCUGUGGUGAUGUGUAAGAAAGCAGCCAAGGCCGGGCUGUCCCAGUCGCUGUUUGAGCGGCUGGUGGUGCUGGGGAUCCGGCCCAUCCGGCUGCAGGUGCAGUACCGCAUGCACCCCGCGCUCAGCGCCUUCCCCUCCAACAUCUUCUACGAGGGCUCUCUCCAGAACGGGGUCACUGCAGCUGACCGUGUGAAAAAAGGGUUUGAUUUCCAGUGGCCUCAGCCAGAUAAGCCCAUGUUUUUCUACGUUACACAAGGACAGGAAGAAAUUGCCAGCUCAGGCACCUCUUACUUGAACAGGACGGAAGCUGCCAACGUGGAGAAGAUAACUACAAAGCUGCUGAAAGCUGGUGCCAAACCAGAUCAGAUUGGCAUUAUUACCCCUUACGAAGGGCAGCGAUCCUACCUGGUGCAGUACAUGCAGUUCAGUGGCUCCCUGCACACCAAGCUCUACCAGGAAGUGGAAAUUGCAAGUGUGGAUGCCUUCCAGGGACGGGAGAAGGACUUUAUUAUCCUUUCUUGUGUGAGGGCCAAUGAGCACCAAGGAAUAGGGUUUCUCAAUGACCCCAGGCGACUUAAUGUGGCUCUGACAAGAGCAAGGUAUGGAGUGAUUAUUGUUGGGAACCCAAAAGCACUGUCUAAACAACCCCUUUGGAAUCACCUGCUGAAUUAUUACAAGGAGCAGAAGGUCCUGGUGGAAGGACCUCUGAACAACCUCCGGGAGAGCCUGAUGCAGUUCAGCAAGCCCAGGAAACUGGUCAAUACCAUCAACCCUGGGGCCCGUUUCAUGACCACUGCCAUGUAUGAUGCACGGGAGGCCAUUAUCCCGGGAUCUGUCUACGACCGGAGCAGUCAAGGGCGUCCAUCCAACAUGUACUUCCAGACCCACGACCAGAUUGGGAUGAUCAGUGCUGGUCCCAGCCACGUCACUGCCAUGAACAUUCCCAUUCCCUUCAACCUGGUGAUGCCACCCAUGCCACCCCCGGGAUACUUUGGCCAGGCUAAUGGACCAGCUGCAGACUUCUCACUGUUGGUUGGGAUGAACCCUUUUCCAGGACGUGGGGCGCCAAAAGGAAAGACUGGUCGUGGUGGGCGCCAGAAAAACCGUUUUGGGAUUCCUGGAACUAGUCAGUCAAACCUUCCAAAUAGUCAAGCCAGCCAAGACGUGGUGUCCCAGCCCUUCUCCCAGGGCCCACUGACUCAGGGGUAUAUCUCCAUGAGUCAGCCAUCACAGAUGAGUCAGCCUGGGCUCUCCCAACCAGAAUUAUCACAGGACAGUUACCUUGGUGAUGAGUUUAAGUCUCAGAUUGACGUGGCGCUGUCCCAGGACUCUACUUACCAGGGGGAACGUGCUUAUCAACAUGGCGGAGUGACGGGACUGUCACAGUAUUAGAGUGUUGAGGAAGAAGAGCUAAGCUUAUGUGGAGCUUAGUUCAUCAGCAUUUUAUUCUGGGUAAUAAAAAAAAUAAAAUAAAAUGGAUACCUGUUUUCCACUGCUAAAACUGAAGCACCACUGUGUGAGAGCAACAGGAGAGAGAAACCAACCCACGGAGAGGAGAGAGAGAGCAAGGAGCGCGCGAGAGAGCCCACUGCAAGCUCACUGAGACAAGGAGACUGACCGGAGAGGAGAGAGAGCCCUGGAGGACUGGCUGGAGCCUCUGGGGGAAGGCAACUCACCCUGCAAGGAGUGCUCAGCUGAGUCCCUGCUCCCCCAGUCAAACAAGCUCGAGAGAAGGGCCUUAAGCAGGUUUCACUUCAUUCCAUCCUUCUCUUUGCAAGCAGGGCAUUGCUUUUCAGAGCAGAUGGGGAGAGGAAAACCCUCAUCUCAGAGUUGUUCUCGUUCUAAAGGGGUACUAUAUUUUAGCAGUAACUGUUUACAUUUUAGAAGCAGAGUAUCUGAGAGAGAGAGAGGGAGUUCCUAAGUGACAGCAAGCCCAGCAGAAAUCCAGUGGCACACACAGCUGAUGCUCAACUCUGAGAUGCAGGUUUUGUUGUCCAACACUGGCUCUGAAAUCCUAGUGUCAUCGUGUCGCCCACAUUCUGAACGGGUCUUUCGUGAGGAGGUGGUUUUUUUAAAGAGAUUCUUUCAAAGGAGCACUGAGUUUUUAGAAGUUUGUCUCUGAAUUCUUUAGUGGUGGACCUGGGAGAUCCUUGUUCUGAGAAGCUUACAAAAAAAAAAAAGUUGAAAAAAACAAAAAACUAAAUUAGAGCACCAACCUUGAGAACUUUCAGUGUGAUUUAAAGUUGCAGCAAUCAGCCUCUUCUUCCCACCUUGGAUAGCAGUUAGAGUGGAAGGAGCCUGCGCGCUCGGCAGGAGGAGGGUUUCAAAGUGUUUUCUGUCUGCUUUAAUUGGCUACUGUCUGGACUCUACUCUGUGAAAAACAAGCCUUUCUGUCAGAUGAACUUUGUGCUUGGAAGGGGAUGGGUUCCUGUGCCCUUCGGCCCUGGAGGAAAAAAAAGAUGCUAACAGGCCUGCUUGACACUCCCUCAGAGCUGGGGAAGAAGUAGUGGAAACUGGGGAUUAUAUUGGUUUUGAAGUCAAGACUCUACAAUGUCACUGAAGCAGGUUGGCAAAAAUGGACAAAGCAGGCAGGUGUUGGAAGGUGGCCUCUGGUAGCUGGGUAUAAUUAAUUAGAGAUAAUGGGGUUAGGCUUUUUGUGUGGCUUCUUUGGUGAUUAAUGCAGAGCUGAAAGAUUCAGGUGUUAAACCAAACCCAGAGCCUGUGUUUCAGGUCCUGGCCGGGGCUUGUGCCAUCGAUGCUGGCUUGAGAAAGAGCUGGAAGUCAGAGCUGAGAACAGCACAUAAGAGAAGCCAUCCAAUGUCUAAGUUGUACCCAUGUCUUAAGUCAUAUGGGAACACUGGGAGCAUUUUAUUUCUAAUAAACCUUUUUAGAAGCAGCACAGAGAAUUUCAGAUUCCUACAGCCCCAUUUCUGUCAGAUCCCUCAAUUAGACUCUACCUCCUUAAUUGGCCAAGAUCAGUAGAGUGAUUCACUAACGUAGGUGUUUUUAAAGUUGGACUUAAGUUUAGCUUUAUACUCCAAAGGGCUCCAAGUGUUUCUAGUCUUUUUUUUGGGGGGGAACUCAAAAUACCUCUCAUCUGAAUGUACUUCAAAGAUGUAAAACCCACUUUUUGUAGCUGGGGGGGAAGCCCUUUCAUUCCUGUCCUUUCUGUAGAUCCUUGACCCGCUUUCAUGCCCUGUAUUUGCUGUAGUUCUUGCAGUGUCUCCCCCUGUGCAGCCCCCACAGCUGCACCCACCCGGGGUGGGGCUGCAGCCUCGGGCUCAGUCCUGCACAACCUUGUUCCACAACUGCAAAAAGAAACUUUCCUGAAAUGGAAAAGGAAAAAAAUAAAAUCCACCACCAACAACCAUUCUUUUCUCAUAAAAAGCCUCCAGCGUUUAAGACCUAAAAUGUGAAAGAAUGGAGACACAGGCCACCUUCCUUCCUGGUGAGAUGGACUGUUUUAUUUAUUAACAUUUGCCGAAGGGCUUUUUAAUUUUUCUUCCCUCUGUAGCUGCCUAGUGACAUAGACUUUUCUGAUAGGUUUGAGCUGUAACCCUCUGUGCAAUGCAAUCCAUUGAGUAAUGUAACCCCCUCCUCUCCCCUCACCCCUUUAUUUCACGGAUGGGAAUGCUUGCCUCUGCUUUGUGCUGGUUUUUUCCUUUGUAGCAGUUACUCUGAGUUUUAUAAAUCCAGACAUCAGUGCUAGCACGGUGUUCAAACUCUUUUUUGAUUUUUGUCUCAGUUUGUUUUAAACCUGUUUGUCAUCAAUAAAAUAUUAAUAAACAGCUCUUGCAUUCAA